AUGGCCUUUCCCUUUGGGCUCCCCGCUGCUCAUGGCGGAGGCGGCCCUCCCAUCCAGCCUCUCCUUCAACGCAACUACGACACCCCGGGUGAAGUCCGCCGACACCGAACGCCUGCACGCGCCGUCGACGACUUUCCCGGCGGACGUUACCCACCCCGUUGGAAGAGCAUGGUCAUGGAGGGUGCCGAGAGUUGGGUCUUCGUUUUGGCUCCCGGAACGCCGUGCGACCUCUGCGGUGUCGCCAUAUUCCACCACCUGAAGCUCCACCUAUCGUACAAGGUCUUCUACGCGGCGACGUACUACGUGAUUUGCCCCCACUGCCGUCGCCCUUGGUACCCUGCUCAGUGGGGGCCCCCAGAGGGGCGUCUGCGUCGGAUCGAGGUGGCGCGCAUGGUGAUCCUCAGGGAGCUCGGCCUUAUCUACGACGCCUCCCCCCAGGAGAUCGCGAUGCUGGAGGGCAUCUUACCCAGCAUCCCCAUGGCGCUGAUCGCGGCCUCCGUCCAGUAUGUCAUGAAAAAAACCCACCGGAUCGUCGACACAGCCCGCGAAAAGAAGAAGCGGCGUGGCGCUUUUAUACCCACCCAGGGUCGGAAGAAGGACGGCGACGUGAACGGUCUCGCGGUGCAAACCGCUACGGACAGGGCUCAUCCCGCAAAGCUCUGGGAAUCCUUGGAGUGCGUCAUCUGGUUGCAGGAUAACCAAGGGCCUCUUGUGGCGAAGGUUGACGUGAAGGCGGGCAAGUACGUCGUACUCGGGGACCUAGCCUGCUUGGCGCCUUAUCGCCACAACUGGCGUGAGCUCUGGCGACUAGACACUACGGUUCACGAAUGGGUGCGUCUAUCGGUGGGCAGGAUCCACCUCCCACCGGCACGAUCGUCGCCCUUCCUCUUCAUCCGUCACACGAACGCCCGUCGAUGCGUGGACUUCAGCCAGUGGCUCCUAAGGGCGGACGACUAUGAAGGGAUACCCGGCGACCGGGAGCUCAUUUCGGACUUGGCCUCGCCAGAGGGACGCUGCGCGUUGGUAUGGAGUCAGCCCGAUCAAAUGCCCCAUGUUGUGUUCAAGGACACCGAAUACGCCCAGAUCCAGGUGUCCCCUGGAUGCAAGUCGAUCUACGUCUGGGACAUCGACCACACUGAGUGGUACAAGGUGACGGCCCUACCUCGUAUCGGCGCGCGGGGCCCGAAGAUCGAUUUGGUGCGCCUCAUGGGGGGACGCCUUGCGGGUCUUUCCAUGGCCAUCCAUCAAGUCGAAAAGAAUAACAAGAUGCCCCUGAAGAACUCGAUCCCCUCUGAUAAGACCAUGGCUGUGAAGUACUGGGACAAGAGCGGCGAGCUGCACGAGUUCUAUGCCGAGGUGUCGUCCUUGGCCGAAAUAUUCUGGCAAAGCACCCCCGCUUUAGCGAAGCUGAAGGCCGCAAACCAACCCCUGGAGCUCCUCGUUCGCGCGAUGUGGCAGGACCUUCCCUUCGACGAGCCCAUCCGGCAGCCGGCCUACUUCACACUCGCGCUUCUCCUCCGACGGAAGGGCGGAUUUAGGUGCAAGGGACUGGGGGCAGAGCUGAUCAAGUGGGAUGAGCACAUGCUCAGGGGGAAGAGCGGGCUACAGCUGGUGCUCAACGUCGAACUGGGGAUGAGACUUGAAGGCCUCAUGGUGGUAGCGUGGCUCAAGGAGUACCACCUUGAGUUGCCCUUCACCUUCUUCCUUCCAGGCAUGGAAGGGAAAACGUUUGACCAUCUGCUCCGAGCGGUCAAGGCCGAGUUUAUAAAGAGGCCCUACGCCGACGAUGUCAAGCUCGAGCUCAACGUCGGUAACAUCCUGUACUGGAAUCACCAUCGUUCCAAGUGGGAUACCAGAAAGAAUGACCAGCUCAUCCCGGCGAAGAACGCCAUCCUCCUCCGCAAUGGGAUGAACGAUUGGCCGCUGCAUGCGUCAAAGAUCAUCCACUUUUGGGAGGAGAGUGGCCACGACCUCAAGCUUUUCGAAGAGGGCCGCAUCGAAAAGGUGUCUGGCCAGAAGGAGAAGCAAACAGCAAGGUAA